AUGAAUAGGGUGAUCUCUUACGGAUUUUUGGGAAGUUUAAUGUUGUACUUGGGGCGAAGAUUUUUCAGAGGAACUUUCGUUUCUUCCGAAUUGAUGAAUAAGAAGGAUUUGAGUGGACAAGUUGUGCUGGUUACUGGAUGUAGUAGAGGAGGAAUUGGUUAUGAAACUGUAAAGGCUUUGUAUUUAAGAGGAGCUCAAGUUGUUGUUGCUGUUAGAGAUAAAGCAAGAAGUGAGAAGGAAUUCUUUGAAUUGUUGAAUCAACAUAAGGGAGAACAGAGAGGAUUUAUUGUUGUAAUGAAGGUGGAUUUGGAUGAUUUGGAAAGUGUUAGAGAAUUUGCAAAGGAAUUUUUACAGAGAUUUAAUCGAUUGGAUAUUUUGAUUAAUAAUGCUGGAUUGGGAGGAGCUGAUGGUGUUUCUAAACAGGGAUACGAAACUCAUUUUGCUGUAAAUCACUUGAGCCACUUUUUAUUGGUUCAUUAUUUGAGACAAUUGAUUUUGGAUACUAGUGUUAAAUAUUAUAAGGAAUGUAAAAUUAUCAAUGUUGGAUCGGCUGCUCACAUGUUUGUUAGAAAGGAGGAACACUUGAAUUUUACAAAGGAAAGAAUUAGUAAGGCUGACCCUACCAUGUUUGCUUAUGGUCAAUCCAAGCUCUGUAACUUGUUAUUUACAAAAUCCCUUGCUAGACAAUUACAAGAUUCAAAGGUUGGAGUAUAUGUUAUACAUCCAGGAGCUGUGCAAACAAACUUUUUCCGCAGAAUGCCAAUCAUGUCCAUUUUGAAUUGGAUUGUUUGGUACUUUUUCAAGACUCCAGAAGGAGGUGCUCAAACUCAAAUCCAUGUUGCCUUGGAAAGUAUGGAUAAGUUACGUAGUGGAGGAUAUUAUUCAGAUUGUGGACUGGCUAGAGAAACCUCUCUUGCAAAUAAUGUCGACAUUCAAGACAAGUUAUGGAACUUCAGUGAAGAAUUGUGCAAGGAUUAUAUGUAA